AUGUCCUCUGCCAUUCUUCGUCUUACACUCCUUGCCGUUGCCGCAGUGGGCGCUGUUGCUCAAUCGCAGAUUCCUUGCGUCCGUUCGUACACCGUACAACCAGGGGAUACCUGCGAUGGAAUUUCCGCCAGCGAAGGAGUCUCUACUUUCCAAUUGGCCGCGUCCAACCCCGGCAUCAAUAAUGAUUGCUCAAACAUCUUCCCGUCUCAGGUGAUUUGCCUUCGCCGAGCAUGCUUGAGCUGCAGUACCGUGCACGUUGUGGAGCCUGGCGAUACGUGCACUUCCAUCGCCAGCGCGGCUGGAAUUAGCGUCCCUACCUUGAUUGCCAGUAACCCAAAUCUUGACAGUGGAUGCACGAAUGUAUACCCUGGAGAAGUAAGUUUAUAUCACCUCGUCUCGGCUAUCUGCUAA